CCGGUCGGCGGCGGCGAGCGCAGAAAGUGGUCUUGGAGCGGGCAGCGGCGCGCGGGGUGGCGGGGCGGCUGCGGCCUGACGGUUCCGGUUUGAAGACUCCAUCCCUUGUCACCCACGGGAUUAUGCUUGUGGCUUUCCUGCCCGAUGAUUCUUUUGCAGCAGGUCUGGCUUCCUUUACCUAAUCGGCCUUCAACCUCUCCUCCUAUGUCAGUGGCUGCCAGGUCCACAAGGACCUUGCAGCUCCCGCCACAGAAGGCUUUUGGGCAGGAAGCAUCCUUGCCUCUGGCGGGGGAAGAGGAUUUAGCUAAGAGAGGGGAGCCAGACUCUGCCCUGGAGGAGCUGUGUAAGCCCCUCUUCUGCAAACUCUGCAAUGUCACCUUGAACUCCGCUCAGCAAGCCCAGGCACACUAUCAGGGUAAAAACCAUGGCAAGAAACUACGAAAUUAUUACGCAGCUAACAGCUGUCCUCCUCCAGCCAGGGUGAGCAGCGUGGUGGCAGAGCCUGUAGCCACACCCCUCGUUCCUGUCCCUCCGCAGGUGGGCUCCUGCAAGCCAGGGGGCAGGGUGAUCCUGGCUACAGAGAAUGACUACUGUAAGCUGUGCGAUGCCUCCUUCAGCUCCCCUGCCGUGGCACAGGCGCACUACCAGGGGAAGAACCAUGCCAAGAGACUCCGUCUGGCCGAAGCUCAGAGUCACUCAUUCUCGGACUCCGCAGAGGCAGGGCAACGGCGGACUCGGAAAGAAGGGAGUGAAUUUAAGAUGGUGGCCACCAGGAGGAAUAUGUAUCCAGUCCAGAGCAAUUCAGCAGGCCCUUAUUUCAAUGCUCGCUCCCGGCAGAGGAUCCCGCGAGAUCUCGCCAUGUGCGUGACUCCAAGUGGCCAGUUUUACUGCUCGAUGUGUAACGUUGGGGCUGGCGAAGAGCUGGAGUUCCGGCAGCAUCUAGAGAGCAAGCAGCACAAAAGCAAGGUGUCCGAGCAGCGGUACAGGAGCGAGAUGGAGAACCUGGGUUACGUUCAGUGAUGGCCAUCCUCACAGAGAAGCCUGUCCUGCCUGUUUGCCUUCUGUCGACCUGCCUUGCUUUGUGGUCCUCCAUGCGUACAUUCCUCAUUUCUCUGCUUAGUGCGAGUAACCUGCAGCGGUGCCAGAGCCAGAGUCGGGGUCGGGGAGGGAGGUGCGUUUCUUAGGUCACCAGGAUGCUCUUUUGGGCCAACUGUGUCGAACAACUCACAGCGAGCUUCCUGCCCCAUCAGGUGUAACUUCUUAUCUUGGCCAAGUUCUGGUUAAGCAGCAGUAGCCUGACUAUUUAGAGCUACGAUUAUUUAAAAAUGGCAUCUACUUUUGCGGUUUUAGGUUUACGCACAUUAGAGGAAUUGACUUGAGUUCUUACUUCCAAUUAUAGAGAAAACAGGUAAACAGAGAUUCCCGUUUCCUGAUGCUCCUGGGAACCAUUACCACCACAGUGUGGUGUCACAAGAUGUGCUGUUAGGGUGUGAGCCUGGGUCUCCCAGCAGCUCCUGGUUCCCUGUGGCAUAUUCCCCCCCCCGCCCCCCUCCGUAAUUAACACAUAGGUUUCCUUGAAUUCAUAUACGUCCAGAAUACUGUGUUCUUCUGAACAUGUGACUUCAUCUCCAGUUGUGAACCGCACACAUGUAAUUCUCGUCCGUCACUUUCCCUGCUUAGAUCAGCUUCUCUGCUCGCUCACCCCAUCCUCAUGGCUGUGCUGGCAGUUUUGGAGACCCAGAUAUGACUGUCUAAUGAGUUGAAGAUGGAUAUUCUUUUAGAAAAUAUAUUUUCAGAUGAUUUGAGGAUGUGUUUGAGAUUUCAAUUUGGAAUUCUAUUUUCACUGAUGAUUAUGUGACCUCAUGAGAUAGUCAUUUUGUGGCUUUUGACGAUUGUAUCCUGACACUGCCCUGACAGGUAAUGGGCAUGCCUGGAAAAUACCCCUGUCCG